ACGCGACUGCCUUGUUGAUUUCUGACAACAACAACCACGUCCUGUCUCACAAAUCCCAAGCCCUUUCCCUUCUUUUCUCCGAUUUAUUAUAUCCUGAGCGUUGGCUUUCAAAUUGACGGAAAUUUGCCCAGCACCCAAAGUUUCUCAUUUCAUAAUUUCUCUCGGGACAGUUGACACGAUUCUCAAUCCGCCAAAAAUGCCAAGCGCUCAUUACAGAAGCCCAACAAUCCAAGUCUUUUCUGACUCUGAAGACGAAGAUAUGGGAAAAGCAGGGAAUUUGAAUAACCAAAAGAGGUCCCCCAAAGACCUGCAACCAUCACGCCCACUAAUCAAUUUUUCAAACAAUGUGCCUCUCACUCCUCGACGCACCGUCGCCUUUGCUCCCACUCCUCUCAAGAGGCUCAACUUCUCCACCGCCAAAAUCAAGGGUACCCCUGGGAAAAAGAUCCCUGGUAUGAAGUUCGUCAAAUCACCUGCUCCCAACAAAUCGUCUUUUGGAGACCUUGAAGAUGAGGAUGAUGAUGGUGGUGUUGACGAUGACGUCGUGGGAACUCUGGGCUUUCAUUCACUCAAGAUAGAAACUGAAACUGUGACUGGGCGUGAUUUUGAGGAUGAACUUGUCGAGAACAUGAAUGAAAUUAAUGAUGUGCUGGAUUCACCAAGUAUGUCAAGGACUUCUACUACAUCAACAGCACAUAUAAGCCCCCCUCCCGUGCUCAAGUUUUCGUCACCCUCUGCUUUUGCGCAUAAAAACCUUUCAAACAAGACUCCACCAUCACCUCCUGCAGAGAGCGAAUCUGAGUCAGACUGGGUGCCUACCCGAACACCCAAAAGGACGCCAGGCAAAGCACGAAGGGUAAUUGCCUCUGACUCCGAGGAGGAUGAAGAGUUGGCAGGGCCAGAGAUUCAAGCCAAGUUUCAAAAAAUUAAGCAGGUGAUUGAUCUUACUUUGAGUGAUGGUGAAGAGAUUGCCCCGAUCGUUGAUGAGGAGAAUGGCGGAUAUUAUGGACCGGAUGACUCGUAUGGAUCUCUGAGAGAUUUCAUUGUUGACGACAGCGAAGGUGAGAACUACAUAGAAGCGCCUACUACGGAAGAAGAAGAAAGCGACGUCGAGAUAUGGGAACCGACCAAGAAGACCAAGGAAAUCAAGGCUGUUGAGAUGAAGGGGAGUGAUGCUCAAAGUCCAGAAGAGGAUCCAGAGGAACGAGGGUGGGACAGUAGCUCUGAUGCUGGUAUAUUACGCUACUCUCCCCCUCGACGUCCUCUCAAUCUUCCCCCUCUCGAAAUGCUCACGCUCACCGUCAACGCUGAUUCUGAGCCCCAUCAAGACGAAUCCCUCACCAAGAAGGUUAUUGACAAAUCCAAAACGUCAAAGCUCAAGGACGGCCUCUCCAAGAAGGAAUGGGCUUUGCAAAGAGUUAGGGUAGCCAACGAAAUCUUUGAUGAUCUCGACAGGAGGGUGUUCGAAUCAAAACUGGGAGAAAGAGGAGCAAAAGCGAGGCUCCAGUGGAAUAAUAGGUUAUUGACCACUGCGGGUAUGGCUAGAUCCAAGAGGACUAUGAGGAAUGAUGUCAGCUCUAAGGAAUAUUGGAUAGAGCUAUCCGAAAAGGUUCUUACCAGCGAAGAACGUAUCCUUAACACUGUCGCUCACGAGAUGUGCCAUCUGGCAACGUGGAUUAUAAGCGGUGAUUUCAAGAACCCCCAUGGUCAUAUUUUCAAAAGCUGGGGAAGGAAGGUCAUGCAUGCUAGGAAGGACGUAGAAGUCACAACCAAACACUCCUAUGUGAUUGAGUACAAAUACCAGUGGAAAUGUGCCAAUGAAAGAUGUGGACAAGUCUACAAGAGACAGUCCAAAUCUAUCGAUACCAGCGAGCACGCUUGUGGCUCUUGCAGAAGUAAACUCAACCCUCUUUUUGAAACUAGGCAAAAAGCUGCCUCAGGCUUCCAGCUAUAUCUGAAAGAAAACAUGAAGAGCGCCAAGGCGGCUAUGCCAGGAGCAUCCCAUGGCGACGUCAUGCGAGCUUUGUCCAAGAGGUGGGCUGAAGCUGGAGAGAUGAUUAACAGCGGACACGAGGUCUACUGGCAGGGGAUGGCAGCCAAAAAUCAUUAAAUCACCAACGACCAGUCAUCCACCAGUUAAUCGCAUUAAAGUACUGAAACUGUUGUAACAUAAAUGCAUACAUACAUAGGUGUGCUUGUAAUGAGUACCAUAUGAAGUUAAA